AUGAGUGACCAGGCAUCCAAAGAUGCAGCAGCGAAGGCCCGCAUCAUCACUCACAUGAAUGCAGACCAUCAUGACUCAGUAGGCUACCAGGCUUACCACGGCAAGAUAUCCGAUAUAACGCUCGAGUACAUUGCUUUUGAGUGUGCCGGUCUGAAUUACAGGACGGCACUAGACCCUCCCAUGACCUCCUUCCGAGAAGCACGAGAGCGUCUCGUGCAGAUGGACAAAGAAUCCCUCGAGACACUCGGCCGAAGCGACAUUACAGUCAAAGAGUUCCUAGCACCGACUGGAGUGUAUCUUGUGUUCUUUAUUAUUGUGUCGGCAACGUUUGUGGCAUUCAGGACCAGAGGAAACUUCGAAGCUGGGAGCGCCAUCGCUGCUGUCGUGCCCGACGCGUUCGCUCGUUUCUGUUGGACGAUACAGCCAUUCAUCUGGUACGGAAUGCUCAGCAUACACAGCUUGGAGACGUGGCACAUGGCACGUGGACGACUGAGAAAGCACAACGUCAAUAUCCGAAGCCGAGUCUGGUGGUCAUGGAUGGCCACGACCUUUAUCGAAGGCGUCGGCGCGUACACCAGGUUUGACAACAUGAUUAAGGAGAAGAGGGCGGAAAAAGACAAGCAGAAGCACUGA